AAAAGUACAAAUAUAUCCAUUCCGAUUCUUCGCUGUGUACUUGUGAACAUAAUUGAAGGGGUUCUGUCCGACUGUAAAAAAAACCUAAUUGGAAAAUUUAAGUAUUUAAUACAAAAGAAAAAAUACUAAAGUAAGAUUUAUUUCAAUUAAAUUUAACUCCGUGUGUCAGAGGAAGAAUCAUUUUAAACCGCCGCCGCCAUGAAUGAUGAAUAUGAUGCCAUCGUCCUCGGUACUGGUCUAAAAGAAUGCAUUCUAAGUGGAAUGUUAUCGGUGUCUGGAAAAAAAGUACUGCACAUUGACCGAAAUAAGUAUUACGGUGGUGAAUCGGCAUCCAUUACUCCGUUGGAUGAACUCUAUCAACGAUUUAACCAAUCUGGAGAACCAGGUCCUGAAUUUGGACGAGGACGUGAUUGGAAUGUAGACCUUAUCCCUAAAUUUCUAAUGGCCAAUGGUCAAUUGGUAAAAUUACUUAUCCAUACGGGUGUGACUCGUUACUUGGAGUUUAAGUCUAUCGAGGGAAGUUACGUUUACAAGGGGGGAAAAAUUUCCAAAGUACCCGUUGAUCAGAAAGAAGCUCUUGCUUCCGAUUUAAUGGGAAUGUUUGAAAAGCGUCGUUUCAGAAAUUUCCUCGUCUACGUUCAGGAUUUCAAAGAGGAUGAUCCAAAAACAUGGAAAGAUUUCGAUCCUUCGAAAUCAAAUAUGCAGGCUCUCUAUGACAAAUUUGGUUUGGAUAAAAACACUCAGGACUUUACUGGACACGCUUUGGCCCUAUUUCGUGAUGAUGAAUAUCUUAAUGAGCCAGCGGCGAACACUAUUCGUCGCAUUAAAUUGUAUUCCGACUCUUUGGCACGAUAUGGCAAAUCCCCAUAUCUGUACCCUAUGUACGGAUUAGGUGAAUUACCUCAAGGAUUUGCACGUUUGUCAGCCAUUUAUGGAGGCACUUACAUGCUUGAUAAGCCAAUCGAUGAAAUCGUUCUUGGAGAAGGUGGCAAAGUGGUUGGCGUACGCUCCGGCGAUGAAAUAGCCAAGUGCAAACAAGUUUAUUGUGAUCCUAGCUAUGUUCCAGAUAAGGUUCGCAGAACUGGACAAGUCAUUAGAUGCAUCUGUAUAUUGGAUCAUCCAAUCCCGAAUACCAAAGAUGCUUUAUCUACUCAAAUAAUCAUUCCGCAAAAACAAGUUGGUCGCAAGUCUGAUAUUUAUGUAUCGUUAGUGAGUUACACACACCAGGUUGCUGCCAAAGGCUGGUUCCUGGGUAUGGUGUCAACAACUGUUGAGACCGAUAACCCAGAAGCCGAAAUUAAACCUGGACUAGAUCUCUUUGAGCCAAUAACAAAGAAAUUCGUUACAAUUUCCGAUUAUUUGGAGCCCAUUAAUGAUGGUACUGAUUCACAAGUUUUUAUUUCAACAUCCUAUGAUGCAACAACACAUUUUGAGACCACAUGCUUAGAUGUGUUGGAUAUUUUCAAGCGUGGUACUGGUGAAGAAUUUGAUUUCUCUAAAAUUAAGCAUGAAUUGGGUGACGAGGAGCAGUAAACAACAGCUAAUUUAAUCAAAACGUACUCUUUAUUAAAAAAAAAAAAAACAAAAAAUCAGCAAAUAUAGAUGAUAUAAUUAAAUUUUAAAGAAAAGCAGCACAACCAGCAAAAAUAAACAAUUGAAAGCAUUUUUAGCGGCGCUUAUUUUUGAUUUUCCAGCUAUACUCAAUUUUGUAUUUCUCAUUACAUUCACCUUAAUAAAUUGCAAACACAA